AUGGCGUCGUCGAGGACGUUUGCCAUGGUGGCGGCGGCGGUGUUCUUGGUUUGCGCGAUCCUGGCUUGGACGCCGGAGGCGGCGAGGAUGGGGCAGAGAGGUGAGGUUGUUGCUGCUGCCGGUGUCGAUGGAGGUGGUGGCAGCGGCAAUGUGCGGUACUGGGAGCAGAAGAAGCAGCAGCAGCAGCAAGGGUUCAUCGGCCACCGGCCGAGACUCGCGUCGUUCACGCGGCGCGACGGUGUUGCGCUGCCAAAUGGGCCAGUUGCCGCUGGCGGCGGCGAGGACGGUGGGUCUAAGAGAGAGGUGCCGAGUGGGCCGGAUCCUAUACACCACCCCGGCUCGCCGUCGUCGGCUGCUCCUACAACACCGUAG